AGGAAUACCAGGAAGAAGAAGCAUAAUUUGUAAAUAGACAUUUUUCCAAUCAAAUUUUCGUGGUACCUCUUCCGCCAUGUCGGAUGCCCACUUGGAAGCACCUCCCUCGGUAAGAUUGACAAACGAUGACUUCCGCAAGCUGCUGGCCACGCCCCGAGCUCCGCCUCCUGGCUCCGCAACAACCAGUACUUCCGGCGGAGGAUCCCUGGCCACAGCUACUUUUGCUACGCCGACUACGGCCCCAGGCUCGACAGGAUCGAGUGGUGAAAAGAAGAAGGGGCAAAGCAGCAGCGAACGGAACGAUCUGCGGCGCAAAAAGAAGAACUUCUAUGCGGCACUCAAAAAGCAGGAAGAUGUAAAGUUGCUGGAACUAUCGGAAAAGUACAGGGACCGAGCACGAGAACGACGUGAUGGAGCCAACCCGGAUUACGUAAAUGUCAGCACUCCGGGACAUGGAAGUAGUACCAAUGCCUAUCGAGCCGUAGCUCCAGAUAUGAAAUCCGGAAUCGAUGCGCAGGAGCGAAGGAGACGGAUCAUUCAGGAGUCCAAGUUCUUGGGUGGCGACAUCCAACAUACGCAUUUGGUGAAGGGUCUUGAUUAUGCCCUGCUGCAGAAAGUACGCUCCGAGCUGCACUCCAAAGAAGCAGAAGAGGAGGAGAUCGCCGCCGCAGUAGCCAGGGAGAAGCUGGCCGAAGCAGCUGCCGCCGCCGAGCAAUUGGAAGCAGAACGCCGAGAGUCGGAGGACAUAAAUGCUAUCAACGGUGCAUUGGCCCGCAAUAUUUACAAUCUUGUCCAGGCACGUCGAUCAAAGGAAGUUCCUCGGAAUGAACUCUUUGCUCCCGGUCGGAUGGCCUAUGUUAUUGAUCUGGAUGAUGAGCUAGGUGAAUCGGAUAUACCGACUACACUGAAGCGCUCAAAGUUUGAGGUGCCGGUGGCACGGGAGGAUGUCGCCACGCUAACCACCAACGAUAUAGUCAUCAACAAACUUUCACAAAUCCUGAGCUAUCUACGUGCCGGGGGUCGCAACAAGAAAAACAAGAAGCGCGACAAGGAUAAGCCGCUUUUUUAUGAAAAGGAGGUGGAAAACGUUCGGGGAGCAUCUAGUGGUGGUGGCAGCAGUCGCCACACCAACUCAUCUUCAGCCAAGGAAGGAAAAUCUGCUCCUUUGGGCGAUAACAUUUACGACGAUAUUGGAGACUAUCAGCCCACCGCCUCUAGAGGAGAUCGAAAUCGCCAAGACCAAGGAAAGCCUGCAACCUCCUACUUCGGCGAUGGUCCGCCCGAGGCGGCAGAAGAGCCGCUAAUAUCCAGUAUUCCCCCACCACCCAAGAUAUCAAAGGCUAUGGCCUCACGUUUCGCCGAACCCGAAGGCUAUGCCGAGUGCUACCCGGGACUGGAGGAGAUGAAUGAUGCCAUCGAUGACUCGGAUGAUGAGGUGGACUACACCAAGAUGGAUCUCGGCAAUAAGAAGGGGCCUAUCGGACGGUGGGACUUUGACACACAAGAAGAAUACUCCGACUAUAUGAGCACCAAGGAGGCCCUGCCCAAGGCCGCCUUUCAGUACGGCGUCAAGAUGCAGGACGGUCGGAAGACACGUAAGAACAAGACAGAGAAGAAUGAGAAGGCCGAGCUAGAUAGGGAGUGGCAGAAGAUACAGACAAUAAUUCAAAAGCGAAAAUUGCCCAAGGAUGGAGGCGGUGGCGGUGGUGGUGAUGAACCCGAUUACAAAUCCUCAAAGUACUAAGAGAUUCUUGAAACAUUAUUCUAUAUUUGUAAUGUAAUUCUGUAAAACAUUAAAUAUAAGUAUGCGCGUACUUGUAUUAACCUUACAUGCUCUCAAAUAUAUGAUUUUGCAACGUUA